GCGCAUGCGCAUUCACAAGCGGAAAUCGCCAUUUUGCAAACAAGUUCGAAAUGUAGGUGUGUAAAACCAGAGACAUUUUUACUUCACAGCCAUGGGAUUACAGCCGCUCGAAUUCAGUGACUGUCUCACUGACAGUCCGUAUUUUAGAGACAAUUUGCACUCACAUGAGAAGGAAUUGGAGCGAACCAGCAAAUCGAUCAAAAAUCUAGUGCAGGAAUGCAAGGAAGUGUUGACUGCAACCAGAAAUCUACAGAAAACCCAGAGGUCCUUUGCUCAGCAUUUAAUGGACUUCAAGUUUGAGUGCAUUGGUAUGCAACAAACUGAUGAUGAGAUUGUGAUAGCUCAGUCCUUGCAAGAGUUUGGCAAGCUGAUUGCAUCCAUCGAAGACGAGAGGGAUAAAAUGUUGACAGCUGCCUAUGACCAGUUCAUCAAGCCAUUGGAAGAUUUCAGAAAGGAUCAAAUAGGUGGCGCCAAGCUUACCCUUGAUGAGUGGGAUAAGACACUGAAGGAGGGCAAGAAAAAGUUUGACAAGCAGACACGAGCUUUUUGCCAGUCCUUGGAGAAGUUUCUGAAUUUAAAGACGAAAGCCACUGACAAUGUGUUACAAGAGGCUGAUGCAGCUCUACAGAUGGAGAGGAAGCACUUCCAGCAAGCCUCUAUGGAAUAUGUGUUAAUGCUGCAGGAAGUACAGGAAAGAAAAAAGUUUGAAUUCAUUGAAAUAUUACUGGGUUUUAUGUAUGCCUGGCUGACAUUUUAUCAUCAAGGGCAUGAAGUAGCUCAGGAGUUUAAACCAUACAUGACAGAGUUACAAGUUAAACUACAGAAGACUCGUGACAACUACGAGACAACAAGGACAGAGGCUGAGACACUAAUGAACAAAAUGUUGGAGAAACCAAACAUAGAGCCAACCACCAACAAGAACUACACGAGACAGGGGUACCUUUUCUUAAUGGAAAAGAAGGCACUGGGCACAACAUCAUGGACCAAAUACUACUGUAUGUAUCAGAAGAACAACAAAAUACUGACCAUGAUCCCCUUCAACCCUGUGCAGAAUGCCAAAUUACCAAGCAGUACAGAAACCAUGGUUUUAACCUCCUGUGUCAGGAGAGCAACAGAUUCCAUAGACAAAAGAUUCUGUUUUGACAUUACUGCACAAGACAGACAAGGGACAUACACCUUACAAGCUCUAUCAGAAGAAGAUAGAAGUCUGUGGCUGGAUGCCAUGGACGGGAGAGAACCUAUAUAUUUAAUGCCAAAACAGAAAGUAGAAGAGAGUUCAUUAGAUGAUACUGGUUUCCUAUUUAUUCAAAGAUGUAUAGAUGCUAUAGAAGCAAGAGGUCUUGAGGACCAAGGACUGUACAGAGUUGUAGGAGUCAAUUCUAAGGUUACUAAACUUGCACAAAUGGGCUUAGAUAGGCGGAAACUGGACAAGUUAAACUUAGAUGAUGAAGAAAUUAAGACCAUUACCAGUGCACUCAAGAAUUACUUCAGGUCCCUCCCAGAGCCUAUAAUGACAUUUAAACAGCACACACAGCUCCUUGCUGCUGCCAAACUGGAGCAGAAGAAGGAUCGUGUGAGAGAAAUCCACAAACUAGUCCACCAACUCCCAGAGGCCAACUUUAAAUUUUUACGGGUUCUUAUCAAGCAUCUCAGAAUGGUGUCUCAGAAGCAUGCAGUGAACCUGAUGACAGUGUCCAAUGUUGGGGUGUGCUUUGGGCCCACACUGAUGAGGCCGGAGGAGGAGACAGUGGCAGCUAUCAUGGAUAUCAAGUUCUGUAACAUUGUGGUAGAAAUUCUUAUUGAGAACUAUGACUUGAUAUUUGGAGGUUCACCAGACCAGGCAGAGAACGGACCAGCCAGCCAGGUUCCAGAGAGUCCUAGAAGGUCUCUCCCAGUGCCUGAGCAUGUCCAGUCACCCACUAGCUUGGCGCCAGGUGGCCCCACAUCUCCAGGGAGAAACUACGCAAACUUGGAUAACAAUGUGAACAACAAUUCUUCUGGCUACAAAGGUCUUGACGCGGGGCAGACAUAUGCUCAAUACAGGAGCCGGCUGCGGCCGGUCGCCAUUUAUAAUCCUGGAACUCCUGCAGCGAGAUGGAAAAGCCCAGGCAGCACUGAUGUGUACAGCAGCACCAGUAGCAGUUCAGAAUCCCUGAGUUCCAAGUCGUCCAGCAACAACCAAUCCAGUCCUUCCAUCAACGCUCUGUCUCAGUCUUCACCCCAGCUGGACGUGAGUCGCCGCCCCCACACCCAGCCCCCAAUGUAUGCUAACACUGCUGCUCUGGCAGACCAAGGAGGCCUUCUGAGUCCAAAAGACAUAAUGAGGCUGGAUCAGCCGCCCCAGUUGAGGCGGGAAGAUGGUUACCAUAACAACAGUUACCAUAACAACGAGGCCCGGCCUAAAAGUGCCACUUUUGAUCUCUUCCUAUCGCACACUACCUUGCUUUGUUAGUAUCAUUGUUUGUUUUG